CAUCUAUUAUUCAUGCUUCAGUGUUAGGGAAACUAGAGAGAGCGUUUAGCAUUACGAUUUAUCAAGAGGGAGAAAAAGACCCCCCAGAAGAUAUCAGUGGAGGGAUACCGAAUGACAGUCGUCCAGGUAUUGGUAAAGCACUUGAGCUAGAGGGAUUGUCUGAAGUGGGGUUGAAGCAUGGGCUGUGCUUCAAGCAUUCAUAUCUCCGAUAGGGUGGUCUAUCAAAGUGGAAAGGAAUCAGACGAUUCCCAGCAGACCAAUGCCACUCCUGCCCCAGGACUUCUGAUCAAACCCAGCACUAUCAAGAACACAUUUACCCAGGUGCAGUUUGGACCAAUGAGGUUAUACGAAGAUCAUCUUGAGGUACUGUUAGUAUUUGCCAAAGAGGACAGCCAGAAUAAUGGGUUCUGCUGGGCGUGUGAGAAGGCCAACUUCAGGUGUAACGUGGCGAGGACGCCAGAGGCAGCGCUGGAGUGUUUCCAGGAAAAGCACCACGACCUCGUCAUCAUCGACCACAGACAUUCCAGAUACUUCGAUGCUGAAUCACUAUGCCGGUCGAUCAGGGCGGUGACCUCUUCAGAAAACACUGUGAUAGUCGCUGUAGUAAAAAGGCCGGACAGGGAGGAGGCCUCAGUGAUGCCCCUUAUCAAAUCUGGCUUUAAUAGGAGAUAUGUGGAGAACACCAACACGAUGGCCUGUUACAAUGAGCUGCUGCAGCUGGAGCGUGGAGAAGUUCUGGCUCAGUUCAAACUGAGGGCGUGUAAUGCUAUCUUCACAGCAUUGGAGCAGAGCCAGGAGGCCAUAGAGAUCACCAAUGAGGAUCAAGUCAUUCAGUAUGUGAACCCUGCCUACGAGAGCAUCAUGGGUUACCAGCAAGGUGAACUAAUAGGGAAGGAAAUAACAGAAGUGCCUAAAAGUGAAAAGAAUAAGCCUGAUCUCCUUGAAACCAUAAACUCCUGCAUACGGAAGGAAAGCUCGGAGUGGCAGGGGAUUUAUUAUGCCAAAAAGAAGACGGGACAGUGUCCAACAAAAUGUGAAGAGCACACCUGUGAUCGGACAGGGAGGCUGGGCACCAAGGAGGAAGACCCUCAUACUAACGACCUGGUGGGAGGACUGAUGACGGGGUCAAUAGAUGCAGAGCUCUACUCUCCUCAGCUGGGCACCAAGGAGGAAGACCCUCAUACUAACGACCUGGUGGGAGGACUGAUGACGGAUGGCUUGCGCAGAUUAUCAGGAAACGAAUACAUCUUUGCUGCGAAACAGCCCCACCUCCCAAGUCACCUAGCCAUGCCCCUGUCGUUAAAUGACAUCCCUCCUCACGUUGCCCAGACAAUGGAGAAUGAAGACUCCUGGGACUUUGACAUCUUCAACCUGGAGACUGCCUGUCUGAAACGGCCUCUGACCUAUCUGGGCCUGAAGAUCUUCUCUCGGUUCGGGGUGUGUGAGUUCCUGAGCUGUCCCGAGGCCACUCUCCGCUCCUGGCUGCAGGGGAUCGAGGCUAACUACCACUCCACCAACUCCUACCACAACUCCUCGCAUGCUGCCGAUGUCCUGCACGCUACCUCAUACUUCCUCUGCAAGGAGAGGGUCAAGCAAAGUCUGGAGCAGAUUGAUGAGGUGGCGGCUCUGAUAGCAGCCACGGUACAUGACGUGGAUCACCCGGGACGCACCAACAGCUUCCUGUGUAACGCAGGAAGUGAGCUGGCCAUCUUGUACAACGACACGGCCGUGCUAGAGAGCCACCACGCUGCCCUUGCCUUCCAGAUCACCACACGGGACGACAAGUGUAACAUCUUCAAGAACAUGGAGAGGAAUGAGUACCGUACCCUGCGUCAGGCCAUCAUAGACAUGGUGCUCGCCACAGAGAUGACAAAACACUUUGAGCACGUCAACAAGUUCGUCAACAGCAUCAACAAGCCGCUGGCCGCGCUGGAGGAGAACGGGGGAAUCGGCGACGAGGAGUCUGUCAAAGGCAUCCUAACGUCCCCAGACAACCGGAUCCUUGUCAAGCGCAUGCUGAUCAAGUGUGCCGACAUCUCCAAUCCGUGCCGACCGCUGGAGCUGUGCAUAGAAUGGGCCGGACGCAUCUCAGAGGAAUACUUUGCACAGACUGACGAGGAGAAGAGGCAGAGUCUACCGGUGGUCAUGCCUGUGUUUGACAGGAACACCUGCAGCAUUCCUAAGUCCCAGAUCUCCUUCAUAGACUACUUCAUCACAGACAUGUUCGACGCCUGGGAUGCGUUCGCAGACCUUCCCAACCUCAUGCAGCACCUGGACAACAACUUCAAGUAUUGGAAAGGCCUGGAUGAAAGGAAGCUGCACAGCCUGCGUCCCCCCCCAGAGUAGGAGCACCCUGACUGGGGUCGACGCCAGGCCCCGGGCCCCUCCUUGGUUCCUGUCCGCCUGCGUCCCCCCCCCCAAGAGUAGGAGCACCCUGACUGGGGUCGACGCCAGGCCCCGGGCCCCUCCUUGGUUCCUGUCCGCCUGCGUCCCCCCCCAGAGUAGGAGCACCCUGACUGGGGUCGACGCCAGGCCCCGGGCUCCUCCUUGGUUCCCGUCCGUCCAGGGGCCACCAAGCCUUCACUCUUCUGCUUCUGUGACACAUACAUCAAGCGUCCACAUGUCCGUCCAACAGAGACAACACACACGGACGGACGGACGUGCUACAGCAACACCAGGCUCUUGCUUCGUAUAUAAAACCUCGCUAGCUGAGGAUGGAUGAUGGACAGACACACGGCGCCUCAGAGUCCUUAUAAACUACCAGUGCCUGGUGGGCUUGUCUGUAUGCUCCUACUGCUGCCAGGGAGGCUGUGUGAGGGACUGUUCUUCUCCCAGCCAACCUGGUGAUGGACGUACCAUCCCCUUAGUACUCACACACGGGUUCCCCCUGCCUCUCUCUCUCUCUCUCUCUCUCUGUCUCUCUGUCAGUCAGAGACCGGCUGAUGUUACUGUCUCUCUCUCUCUCUCUCUCUGUCUCUCUGUCAGUCAGAGACCGGCUGAUGUUACUGUCUCUCUGCAGACUGACUGCACUGUUGGUUAGAGCUAUGGAGAAACACACAAACAAACUGAACAUUGAGAUGUCAGGUGGUUUCAAGUCUCAGGCACCUCCAAUGAAAAACUGUUUGGAGGAUCAGCUGAUGGGACAGGUCACAUUACACAGUUUUUCCUCUUAAAUGGCACCCUAUUCCCUAUAUAGUGCACUACUUUUAGGAUAAAAGAGUCUAUGGGGCUCUGGCCAUAAGAAGUGCACUUUAUAUAGAGAAUAGGGUUGCAUUUGGGAUGGCCAACCAUGUCAAAUCCACGUCAGACCGUACUACCCAGUGUGUGGUGGGCAUUCCGACCGGAUAAAUCCCUAUAUCGCCCCCCAGUGGCCACCAGGUCGACCUACACUCCACCUCCACCAGCUGCCACCAUCACCUUUUACUGUCUUCUAGCUGUACUUCCUUUGCUUCUUUGUCCUUCAGAAGCACCUUGUCCACUAGAGGACCUGUAGCGACGGGAUGGGACGCGAGGCCGUCCUAAACACACUAAAAUUGUGUUCCAUAUACCAACCUAUUCCCUUUAUAGUGCACUACUGUUGACCAGAACAAAUCAUCAAAUCAAAUCAAAUGUAUUUAUAUAGCCCUUCGUACAUCAGCUGAUAUCUCAAAGUGCUGUACAGAAACCCAGCCUAAAACCCCAAACAGCAAGCGAUGCAGGUGUAGAAGCACGGUGGCUAGGAAAAACUCCCUAGAAAGGCCAAUACCUAGGAAGAAACCUAGAGAGGAACCAGGCUCUGUGGGGUGGCCAGUCCUCUUCUGGCUGUGCCAAGAGUAGUGCACUAUUGCCGUAUCGGCCCUGGUCAAAUGUAGUGCACUAUAAAGGGAAUAGGGUGCCAUUUUGGGACGCAUCCAGAGACAUACGUUUGUGUGGGGUGGGGGCGUGGUCACGGGUGUUCAGUGGGUGGAGCUAAUUAACUGUCCUCAGGCCAUUGGUUGAAGACACAAACAUUCAGACAUCUUGGUCAUAGCGAGGUCAUUAUUACAGACAAUUUGGUCUUUUUAUUUUGUUUUAAAUGUUCCAUAUUUUCUUUAUAAAACAAAAACAAAAAAUGAGUAACAUCAAUUAAUGAAUUAUCUGAUGAUGAAGAAAUUAGAACAAAAAUAAGAAAAGAUGAAAGAAAGACAACGCCAAAGCUGAAUAACAUACUAUUAUAUAACUCUCUGAGUCUUGUCGAUGAUGAGGAGGAUUAUUAUCCAUAAGAAAACAUAAACGUUGUAAACAUUUUAUUUUAUUUUAGUACAGUAUCAGUUUGAAUGGACAUCUUUGUAUUGCACUGUAAAACAACAGUUGAAUUGUC